CCCGGAGACCGAGCCCCUAAGGUCGUGUGGUUUGCAGUUUCUCAGCAGGAAGGAAGAAGAGGUCUGGCCAUGGCCUCCCCAUCAUCCUUCCCCUCAGAAGAGGAGGACAGUCUGAAGGGGUGUGAGCUGUACGUCCAGAAGCACAGCAUCCAGCAGGUGCUCAAAGACUGCAUUGUGCACCUGUGUGUCUCCAAGCCUGACCGUCCCAUGAAGUUUCUCCGGGAGCACUUUGAGAAGCUAGAGAAGGAAGAAAACCGGCAGAUUCUGGCCCGGCAGAAGUCAAACUCACAGUCUGACUCCCAUGAUGAGGAGGUGUCGCCGACGCCCCCGAACCCGGUGGUGAAGGCCCGGCGCCGGCGAGGGGGUGUGAGUGCCGAGGUCUACACGGAAGAAGAUGCUGUCUCCUAUGUUAGGAAGGUUAUUCCCAAGGACUAUAAGACCAUGACUGCGUUGGCCAAGGCCAUUUCCAAGAAUGUGCUGUUUGCCCACUUGGAUGACAACGAGAGAAGUGACAUAUUUGAUGCCAUGUUCCCUGUCACUCACAUUGCCGGGGAGACUGUCAUACAGCAAGGGAAUGAAGGAGAUAAUUUCUACGUAAUUGACCAAGGAGAAGUGGAUGUGUACGUGAAUGGAGAGUGGGUGACCAGCAUCAGCGAGGGGGGCAGCUUCGGGGAGCUGGCGCUCAUCUAUGGCACACCCAGGGCUGCCACCGUGAAGGCCAAGACCGACCUCAAGCUCUGGGGCAUCGACCGUGACAGCUACCGGCGCAUCCUGAUGGGCAGUACUCUGAGAAAACGCAAGAUGUAUGAGGAGUUCCUCAGCAAGGUCUCCAUUCUCGAGUCCCUGGAGAAGUGGGAGCGGCUGACUGUGGCUGAUGCCCUGGAGCCUGUGCAGUUUGAAGACGGAGAGAAAAUCGUGGUUCAGGGGGAGCCUGGGGACGACUUCUACAUCAUCACAGAGGGCACUGCCUCGGUCCUCCAGCGCCGAUCCCCCAAUGAGGAGUACGUGGAGGUGGGCCGACUCGGGCCAUCUGACUACUUUGGGGAGAUCGCGUUGCUGCUGAACCGGCCUCGGGCGGCCACUGUGGUGGCCCGGGGACCCCUCAAGUGUGUCAAGCUGGACCGGCCACGCUUUGAGCGUGUGCUGGGGCCCUGCUCUGAGAUACUCAAGAGAAACAUUCAGCGCUAUAACAGCUUCAUCUCCCUCACUGUCUGAGCUGCUGUUGCUCACCACAUGUCCGGGCUGGGAACCUCAUGAGGUGGUUGGUGGGGUUGGCGACCCAGCAUGGCCUCCCUUCCCUUUGGACUCUUUGUGGAAUAAGUAAUCAGUUUGUGCAUUUCAAAAACAAAGGGCAAGAAAACAAGAUCUCCCAAGACCAAGGAGGCGAUAGGCCAGCUUCCCUCCCCUGUUCCCCUCCUGCCACCCCAGCCCCUUCAAGUCUCUGGGGGACAUAUGGGGUCAGGUUCUCCAGGCCUAGGCCCACUGUGAGACAAAUCUCACCAGAUGGGGUGUGCCCAAAGGGACACUCAGGCUGGAGGCAGAGAUGGAAGUGAGAAAAGAGAGCCUAGGCCUUCCCCUGCCCCUCCUCCCACAGGGCCCUCAGGGGACACUGGUUGGAUCCCUGGCUCCUGACAUGGUGACCUGGGAUGGGGCCCAUGUGAGCCUGGAAGGUUUGAGGAGUUGUCCCUGGCUGAGAUUGGAAGAGCCCACCCCUGGGUGAGCUUCACACUACCUGGUACUUGGGGCAGUUGGCAGAGCCCGAGUCCCCUCACUGGAAUGGGCAGGGAGCCAUUAAGUUUGGGACUUUCCAAAGUCCAGUGAGCACUGCACUGGGGCCCCUUCUUGUGGGGUCAGGGGAGCCAGACAGUGUCUGGCUGCUUCUCUGCCAAGUGGCCUCUUGGGGACCUUGAGGGAGAGCUGGGCUUUCUGAGCAUUCUGGAAAAGCUGUAGGAAUCAAGGUUCCUGUUGAGUCCCCACAGAUAUGCCUGUAUGAAUCUGAGCCCUGGCCCAGGAAGACCAUGUGUUCCUUACCUGGCCUCCAUUCCCUGGAUGUGAGGGAAGCCUGUCCUGGCCCCACCCCAAACCAUCCAUAGACCUGUCCCCUAGAUGUGUCUCAUCUGGCGAUGGCACAGAGCCUGAGAGCCCAAGAGCCAUCCCAUCUUGUCCCUGCUGUGACCAAGGAGGCCACCCUGCUGGUGACCAGCCCCUGCCCUUGCCCAUCCCGCUUGUGCCCAUGGACUCUGUGGCUGCACACUGCCCCUGGCCGCUCCUGGUGUGCAUGAGCUAAUAAAUGUGCAGUGAAGAACA